GUCUUAUACCUUCCCUCCGCAUAUCUUAUCUGCUUCUGUUCUUCACAUUCGCUUUCUUAGGUUCUGAAUUCUGCCAUUUUCGCUUCAGAGUAGUUCGUUCUAGAUAGGUAUUUCGCUCUUUCUUCGUUGAUUUCUCAGGUGGGAUUGCUUGUUUGGAGAAACCCGGUUCUGUAAACAUCGUCUUUUGGUUGGAUUUGUAGUUUUUCGGAUAGAUUUCUGUCUACAGAAAACCCAAUUUCAGAAACUGCUUUUCUGGGAGAUUUUGCUGCUUCUCAUUGUUUUCUUUGAUAGGUUGCUUGUUUGAAGAAAACCAUCUUCAAAUAUCUAAUCUUUUCGGUGUUUCUGGUGUUUUCUUGAAAACCCAAUUCCAGAAUCCUUUUUUCCUGGGAGAUUUUGGGUUUUUUAAUUUGAAUUCUCCGAUAGAUUCCUUGAAUAGAGCCUGACCCAAUUCCCAAAUUUUGAUUUUUCUGUGUUUGGAACCAGCUAUUUUCAAUUCAAUCCAGCUUUCUGUGUUGGUUUGGAAGAUUUAUAGUUUAUAAUUUGAAUAUUCCGGUCAUGAUUUCGACGGUUUCAGGCCUAUUUUGCUGGAAAAUUCAUUUAUAGUAGUAUUUAUGAACUAUACGGUUCUUCGACGCCUUAUCUGUCUUGUACAGUCGUUCUCUGUCGUAUUUCUCUACUGGUUCUACGUGUUUUCAUGAUCUGUUUCUCACCUCUCGAUUCGAUUGACUCUCAAGAACGUUGAUCUUUCAGUCAAUCGUUCCCAAAACUCGCUAAAUCUUUAAUUUAAAAAACAAUGUCGACUGCCCAUCAAAAUCAUAAUUCUGGAUCCGAUGAAGAUCCUCGCAAUGUGAUGGAUCCAAGGAAGAAGAGAAGGAUGCUAUCCAACAGAGAAUCCGCCCGAAGGUCCCGAAUGAGGAAGCAGCAGCAUUUGGAUGAUCUGAUUACUCAAUUGGGCCAGCUGAAGACUGAUAACAAUCAGAUUGCGGCACGUGUCGAUGUAGCUACACAGCAUUACAUGAAAUUGGAAUCGGAGAACACGAUUCUUAGGACCCAAGUGAUGGAAUUAACAGAGAGAUUGCAGUCUUUGAACUCUGUUCUUCACCUGAUGGAGGAGAUUAGUGGGAUGGCAAUGGAUAUACCUGAAAUUCCGGAUCCUAUGAUGAGACCAUGGCAGCUUCCGGUCCCAUCUCAGCCUAUAGUUGCAUCUGCACACAUGUUUCAAUACUGAAAUCAUCUUAGCUUGUUUUUUCUUUUUUCUUUUUCUUUUGUUUGAACAUAGGGUUGUUUGUUUUUGUGUUUUUUUCUUUGGAAUGCUAGUGUUAGGUGUUUGAUGAAACAUGUGAUGUGGGGUUUUGGUUUUUUUUUUUGAAUUUUAUUAUGAUAUAUUUAGUUGUUAUCAAAUGCAAGCAUUGAAAUGGUUUGUA